GGCCCCACUUUCCGGCACUCAUCUUCACCGUCCCAACAUUCCAGAUUAUGUGAACGAUUCAAUAGAACGGGUGUUCUAUUGAAGCUUUAUUACAGUCUUCACCAUUCAUUCGAUCAAACGGAGUCUGCAAAGAUGCCUGGAUCUUUAGACGGCGCAUGGAGCAGACUCGCAGGCGCAAUCGUUCAAUUACAAACAAGCAUCCACGCCUACAAGUCAUGUGGGGAGAACCCAUCACAAUACAAAGUUCUCGAGAUAAGAAGCAGCGAAUACCCAACUCAGCACGAUGAGAGCUCGUUUGUUCCACCGACAGAGCAGGCAACAGCCUCUCCCACCACACGCGCUGGUCUUGACAACCUCGAAGCUCAACUUACCUACUUUGAACAACAACUGAGACAGCGCGGUCAGUGGCGUUUGCCACCCCAUUUCAGUCCGGAUCCUUUCCUUUUGAUGGAUUUAAGUGACUUGGGAGAUGCCAUCGAGCAUCUCACAGUAGCUGUUGAUAGUCCCCGGUUUCCUCAGCCAGCGCAAAGUCCAUAUGCUACGUUUGCGACGAAGAGGUGGGAUUGGGACUUCCAGUGGUCUGAGUGGCACUAUGCCGACCCUGAAACGGGAGAUCAUGUCUUUCUGACUGAAUGGGAGCGUGAGGACGAAACCAGCGAUUGGGUUAUGGUAGAACAAGGCCACAGGAGCGUGGAGGAAGGAUUGGAAGCGCUUGGAUCGUGGGAAGAUUGGAGGUGGGAUGAGGAUUGGGGUGAAUGGUACUUACCCUUGGUUGUUGAUGAUGAGGCAGUAGUGAAGGGGGCAAUAUAUGCCGGGGCGUGGAGAAAAAGCGAGGAGGGGAAUUGGGUCUACAUUGCGCCGAAGGCCGAGGACACCUGAAGAGAAUUAGUCCUGGGGCAGAGGGGUCAUGUUACGGGGGCACGCUGAACCAAGAAUUUGAAUGGAUCCAAAUGAGGACCAGCUCCGGAAGACAGGGGUCGUGUAUUGAUCCGACAUGGGUAGGUCGCCCUAUGU